CUUCUACUUUGCUGCAUGGCCAUCACCACCGGCAUUUGUUCAUCACCAAACCAACCCCCACCUCUCCCCCCACUCUCCCUUCCAACCAAUCCACCACUCAAAACCGGCCACUUGCCUUUUCCCUCCUCCAAGUUUGGCGCCAACGAGACAUUCCUCAAUGGAGCUGCCGUGGAGGCAGUGACGCUGGCACGCGCUGUGGCGGAGGUGACCAGCGAUGUUACGGCGGUGAAGCAUGGGAUUGGUGAGGCUUGGAGUUGCAAUGAUUGUGAGGACUAUGCGAGUGAUGGUGGAUUGAUGGUAAGAAGGAAGAAGAGGAGGAGGAGGAAAAAAGGGUUGGAGUGUUUGGAUUUUGACGAGAGGAAGAGGGAGUUUGAAGAUUGCGGGGUCUCAUCUGGCGUUGUGAGAUAUGGUUAUCUGACCCCAAGAGAGGAGGCCGAGUGUUGUCAAAGUCUCAAGGAGGGAGCAAAACUAGAAUGUGAAAGAACAAGAGUUGCAAAAGCUCAAGAGCAUGAGCCAACCUCGAAACAGCUGGAAAAUGCGUUGAGGAUGAAGAUGAGUAGUAUAGAUAAAGUUAUUUGUAACAGAAGAGAGUCACAAGAAAAGAUUAUCAAGAGCUAUAGGGGACUUGUUGUGUCUGUUGCCAGCAUUUAUCAAGGGAAAGGAUUAAGCAUGCAGGACCUCAUCCAGGAAGGGAGCAUUGGUCUUCUUCGAGGGGCAGAGAAGUUUGAUCCUGAGAGAGGAUUGAAAUUAUCAACAUAUGUGUAUUGGUGGAUUAGACAAGCUAUCAUCAGAGCUAUAGAAAACAAGUCUAGGAUAAUCAGAUUACCAGGACACAUGUGUGGAGUGAUGGCAAAAAUCACAAAAGCUAAAAUUUCUUUCAACCAAAGAUUUCAGCGGCCGCCUAGUCACGAUGAAAUUGCUGAAACGAUAAAUGUACAAGCUUCAACUGUAAAACUGGUCUGUGAGAGGAGCAGACUCCCUCUUUCAUUGGAUCGAGCGGUGACCGAUCAAGGUUGCAUGGCACUCCAGGAUAUCAUAAGAGGGCCGGAUGACAUGAUGCCAGAAACAAUGCUUAGGAAACAGCUAAUGAAACAAGAAGUGGGGAAGCUUUUAAAGACUUUAAGUGACAGAGAAGCAAAUGUAUUGAGAUUACACUUCGGAUUAAAUGGACAAACACCUCAGUCAUUUGAGGAGAUAGGAAGAUUGUUAAAACUUUCGAGGGAGAGAGUUCGACAGAUUAACAUCAUUGCAUUAUCAAAACUAAAGCAGAAGAAUACUUUGGAGGAUCUGCAAUUGUAUAUUGUAUAG